AUGUCGCGGCGGAACCCUUCGGCGGGGGCUGCGAGGCGCUCGCGGCUCGGCCUUGCCCUGCCCUGCCUUCCACGUAGGGCCUCGGGCCGCGCUGACCGGGCCGUUGUAUUCCAGGACAUCCGGGACUGCCUGGGGCCGCUCAGCGCCCUCACGGAGCUGAACGCUGCGGUGAAGGAGAAAUUCCGGCACCUCCGCGGCCGCAUCCAGGAGCUGGAACAGAUGGCGAGGGAACAAGAUAAAGAGUCAGAGAAACAGGCCUUGUUGCAGGAAGUGGAGAACCAUAAAAAGCAAAUGCUCAGCAAUCAGGCAGCUUGGAGAAAGGCAAAUCUGGCUUGCAAAAUUGCUAUCGACAACUCUGAGAAAGAUCAGCUGCUGCAAGGAAGAGACUCCUUAAGACAGAGAAAGACUACAAAGGAAAGUCUGGCAGAAAGUGCAAGUAACAUCACGGAGAGCCUGAUGAGCAUCAGCAGGAUGAUGUCACAGCAAGUCCAGCAGAGCGAGGAGACUGUGCAGACUCUGGCCAAUUCUUCACGAACCAUCCUGGAAGCAAAUGAAGAAUUUAAGUCCAUGUCUGGGACGAUUCAGCUGGGGCGAAAGCUGAUAACGAAGUACAACCGCAGGGAGCUGACUGACAAGCUGCUCAUCUUCCUCGCCCUUGCCUUAUUUCUGGCCACUGUCCUUUAUAUUUUGAAAAAAAGACUCUUCCCAUUCUUGUAAAAUUCCGAAGUUAAACUGGACUGUUAUGAAAGAUCAGAAAGGGGUAGUGUAAUACUGUUAGGCUUAUUAGAAAAGGGAUAUUGCAAUAGCUGACAGAGCAUUAGAGCAGGUGUGACUUCACAGUGUCCUUAUGGAGCUCACAACCUGCCAAAGAAGAGCUGAAAUGAUCACAGGUUGGGAAGAAGUGGUUAGAUGGAGAAGAAGAAGCUCUGAUCUGCCUGUGGGUUUGGGUGUCUGGACAGACACUGGAGGAACUGUGCCCUCAGAGGUGCUGCUCUUACCUCAUCCUUUCUUCAUUUUGCCAUGAAAUUUACUUUUGUCUUUGGCUGGAAGUGGAAGCUGCAUUGAUACCCAAGUGCAGGGUGCUGAAAACAAGUGAAAGGAUGGAAGAGAGAAACACAUACAUUCCAUGAAUAAACUAUUUAUUGUAUCCCUGUAAGCUGGGUUUUGUUUAAGAACAAGGUGUAAUGGAUUGAAAGAGCCAGAAUAACUUCCAUGGAGAAGUCAUGCCUAAUGCUUGCAGCAGUGGGUGCUUCUGGGAUGGUUUUUCCAGGAGUGUAGCACACUUGCUUUGUUCUCUGGUGUCGGGAGGACUGACCAAAGCAAAAAUGGAAGCCUCAUUUGUUACUGUUAAUUCAUGCAGUGUUGGAGAAUUACGUGGUUAAGCUAUUGAAAUCAAAAGCCUUUUUUGCUUUUCUUUAUGAUUCCAUGAGAUAGUUUUGAUUUGCAAGACACAGACAAAUUCUACAUUUGAACAUUUUUCUGAAAGUUGAUAUUUUUCUCAGUAAAAUCUUCUACAGUGACUGCCUUUCCUAUCUCUUAUGCUCCCAUACUGGGAUUUGUUUGAUGUAAUAACAUAAAUACCAACACACCACCCUUGGCAGUACCAGAAGUGCACUGCAGCAUUCUUAAAACCACUGUCACCUUCUUCUAAUGAAAUGGGUUCGUUGCUUUUUCAGGGCCGACCAGUGACAUUGGUUUUCUCUUUUCAGAGUUGUCAUGGAAUGGUUAAAUACUACUUUAAUGUAGCUGCUAGAAGUAAACUUUUAAAAGGCAGUGCUAUUAAGAAAUACGGCAAUAACCUCUCAAUGGCACAUUCAGAGAGAAUAGGUGACUGCUGGGUUACCUUAUCAUUGUAGUGCUGGUUUUUCUAGGUCUUACAGUGGUGCAGUGGACCCUUUCACCAGCAGCUGCUUCAAGCUUACUUAAAUAAGUGAGUAGUGGUAGAUUGCAGUAUUCUUUACCACUGUGCUGGGCAGUAGAAUUGGUUGUGUUCAUGGGCACGAACAGUGGAAGCUGGAUUUUAUUAUCUAGGUCAAAAUCAGGGCUUCUGCCUGUAGAGUUAGAAUGUUUGAGCCUCUCUUCGUAAUGUAGUGAAAGGGAUUUGGAAACCUUUGCACUAGGCCUGGUACAUCCCAUAGAGGGCAGUGCUGCGUGUCUGCCGUCAGUGUUUUCUGGCCCUGGCAGUCCUGCGAUAGCCGGGCUAGGCUCGGUGCUUGUGGCUCCUCAUCGUUUACUCAUCGUAUUUCAGUGCGGCCUUCCUUCUAGCCUCUCCAGAGAUGCAGAGAUGCAAAGAUUGAAAUAAAGCGAAAAUAUCCGUGUUACAAUUUGGGUAAGACAAAUUACUCUGUUUAAAGAAAGAUCUGUUACAAAAAGUCAGUAAGUGUGGGUAUUUUGGUAACAAUAAAAGCCUUGCUUUGUAACAAGUCUGACAAAUAAACUGCUAACCAAGGAAAGCACUGUCAUCCAAGGGUUGGGGCUGCAAUGGAGCAGUUUCGUCCAGUGUUGCAUUCAUACAUAGUGCCCCCAACAUCAGGAUGGAACCUUCUCACUCCUUUGUCCUUCUGUGCAGGUGUGCAAAAACCUCUUGUGUGCAGUAUGGCCUUUGUCCUCCAGCCUUGGAAAGUCUUUAAAUAAUACUAAAACAUAAUUUAGAAUAUAAAUACAUCUCAAGUAAUGAUGAA